CAUUUGGUCAAAAGAGUUUUUUUUCCUUACCUUAAAAAACCACAAGUACAAGAUUACAACAUUGAUGAAGCUAAAUAAUCAAAUAAAUCAAAACGCCAAAAAAAAAAAAAAGACGGUUGUUUUUCCUCUUUUGGUAAAGGUUACAUUUGUAAAAAUUUUAAAACUUAAUUGAUAACAUAAUUCAUUAACUUGUAACAUUUAGGUGUAAAACACCCAAUUUUCUCUCAAUUAUCUUGUACAUGCACAAAAAAAUCUAACCUUGUGUUACAACCUUCCAACAAUCAAAUCCUAUCUCCUCCUAAUUUUCCUCCAUCGUUAAUCUCCUUCUCUCCUACCUCCUCCUGCCAACAAUGGGGAAGAGGGACCUUGAGACCGGCAUAGGCGGUACAUUCUACCACUACACACCACCACCGCCAACCAUCCACCCGCCGCCUAGGGAACCAUAUCUUUCAUGGCUAGUUCCUCUCAUCUUCAUAAUCGACGUAGCUUUAUUCGCCUUAACAAUGUACGAAAACAAUUGCCCUGAGACCCUUGUUGAUGACCCUGAUCACCAAUGCAUUUUUCAAGAAAAAUUGGGCAGAUUCUCCUUUGAGCCUCUUAACCGAAACCCUCUCCUUGGCCCUACUACCUCUACGCUGCAAAAAAUGGGAGGCCUUCGGUUAGAGCUAGUAUUACAAAAUGGUGAAUGGUGGAGAUUAUUUUCUUGCUUAUGGCUUCAUGCUGGAGCUGUACAUUUGAUAGCCAAUAUGAUCAGCCUUCUUUUCAUGGGCAUUCGUGUUGAAGAAGAAUUUGGAUUUUGGAGAGUAGGACCACUGUUCGUGCUAUCUGGAUUAGGAGGAAGUUUGAUGUCUUGCCUGAAUGCCCUCCGCCACCAAAAAAUCGGGGUGGUUUCAGUUGGUGCCUCAGGCGCGCUUUUUGGACUUCUUGGUGCCAUGCUUUCGGAGCUCAUAACUAAUUGGACUAUUUACGCCAACAAGUGUUCAGCAAUUUCAUCACUUAUGGUGGUGAUAGCCUUGAACUUGGCUGUAGGAUUGAUCCCAGGGGUGGACAGUUCAGCACAUAUAGGAGGUUUCAUUUCGGGGUUUUUGCUGGGUUUUGUUCUUCUAAUGCGGCCUCAAUUCGGUCAUGUUAACAGCAAAUACCUUCCUCCUGGCUACAAACAGAAAUCCAGGCACAAGUGUUACCAGUAUUUCUUCCUCGUACUCGCUCUCAUCGCCUUGAUUAUUCUGUAUGUGUGUGGAUUUACAGAGCUUUUUAAAUCGAUCGAGAGAGAAAAAUCAGAAUAG